UUUCGCUUCCAGCAGGCUUUGCGCGCAGGAACAUGGCGGCGUCCAGGUGGAGGUCUUGAGGGGGAUCAAGUUGGUAUGGCGUUGGCAUCGGGGCCCGCGAGGCGGGCACUGGUUCGCCCUGGGCGGCUCGGCCUUGGGGACUGCGGGGCGCCAAGACGCGGGGCGUAUGAGUGGGGCGUGCGCUCUACGCGGAAGCCCGAACCUCGUCCCCUGGACAGGGUGUACGAGAUCCCGGGACUGGAGCCCAUCACGUACGCGGGGAAGAUGCACUUCGUGCCGGGGCUGGCGAGGCCGGUCUUCCCGCCCUGGGACCCCGGUUGGACGCACCCAAAGUUCCGCCGCCCAAUCCCGAUUCACGAGCAGCCGUUGUACAAGGAUCAGGCCUGCUACGUCUUCCACCAGCGUUGCCGCCUCCUCGAGGGUGUAAAGCAGGCCCUCUGGCUUACCAAGACCAAGUUAAUAGAAGGACUUCCUGAGAAAGUGCUUAGCCUCGUCGCUGAUCCAAAGAACUGCAUAGAGAACCAAGAUGAACGCCUUUUGAACGUGAUCUCUCAUGCCCGUCUCUGGCACUCCACUGAAGACACCCCCAAGAGAGAGGCCUACUGCCCUGUCAUUGUGGACAGUCUGCUACAGCUGUGUAGAUCUCAGAUUCUCAAGCAUCCCUCUCUGGCCAGGCGGAUCUAUGCCAGAAACUACAGGUUAUCUACCACCUGGAAUCGAGAGUCUUUUCUCCUUCAGGUUCGUGGUUCCAGUGGAGCUCGACUGAACGCCAAGGAUCCGCUGCCCACCAUCGCCUCCAGAGAGGAGGUUGAAGCUACUAAGAAUCAUAUUCUUGAGACCUUCUAUCCCAUAUCUCCCACUAUUGAUCUUCAGGAAUCCAAUGUUUAUGAUGUGGAAGACAACACAGGAUUCCAGGAGGGUUAUCCUUACCCCUAUCCCCACACCCUGUAUUUCAUGGAGACGGCCAGUUUACGGCCACACCGCUUUCAACCAGAUCAGCUGCGGGCCAAGAUGAUCCUGUUUGCCUUUGGCAAUGCCCUCCUCCAGGCCCGGCGCCUCUAUGGGAAUGACGCUAAGGUUUUGGAGCAGCCUGUGGUUGUGCAGAGCGUGGGCACUGACGGACGUGUCUUCCAGUUCCUCGUGCUGCAGCUGAACACCACGCAGCUGGCCUCCAACGAGGGCGUCAAGAAUCUGGUCUGGGUGGACUCAGACCAGCUCCUCUAUCAGCAUUUUUGGUGUCGCCCAGUGAUCAAAAAGAAGGUGGUUGUGGAACCUGUUGGGCCGACUGGUUUCCAGCCUGAGACAUUCAGGAAGUUUUUAGCUCUGUACUUGCACGGUGCUGUGUGAACCCAGGACCACUCUGGGGUCUCGAGCUCCCCCCGGCCCCUUCCGCACAAGAUGCUGUAUCCAGAGCAGUGCUGGGCCGCCCGAGCCUCCACGCUCACCCGGCCUGUAGUCUGGUUGCCGACAGAGAGCCCUUCCACUGCCCUGGAGCCUGUGCCCGUGUGGGGGAGCUGUGGGAGGGGGGUGCCCGUACCUGUAUGUGAGCCCUACCGUCAGCCGGCCUCUGCAUGGGUGUGGGCCCUGAAGCCUGACCUGCCCUCGGUAAGCCAGGCUCUGCCCAUAGCCGACUCUGACUUAAGAUGACUUCAGAUAAGAAUCUUCGUCUCUUUGAGUUUCACCUUGUUCAUUUGACACUUGAGGAUAAUGACGUCCCGUGUUGUGAAGACGGAGCGGCCGCCACAGGAUAGGUGCUCUCUGAGGCUCCCUGGGUUCUGAAGGGACUCUCCAGACUGCGGGCACAUUUCAUCAGGGCUGCAGAAACUCUGACUGGAACAUUCGUUGUAGAUUUCUCCCUAGCAUCCAGGUAAAUAGAUCAAGUACCUCCCUGGUUCGGCUGGCCUCUCUGUGCACACCACCUCCGAGUCCUGCCUUGGGCCCCGCACCACAGACCCAGCACCCUGUCUCGUCCUCCCGUGUCGUUUCCAUAUUCAGGGAAGCGCUUGAAUGCCCGUGUGCUGGGCACUGUUCUGGGCCCUCGAGGUAAGGGACCUCAGAUAGUAGAAGGCCACCUAGGUCACACAGUGGGUGGUGCAGGUCUGCUUCCUAGGUAAACGCUUGGAGAUGUGCAGGUGAUUUUGGGGACGGUCUCGAGGACAAACCCCUGUGAGGAGUGAUGGGGCGUGCUGGGCAGAGAGCUCGAGCUCUGUGGGUUUGCACCUGAGGUCUCGGCCAGUUCCUAGUUCUUUGGGUGCCCUGGAGCAGAGGUGAGGAGUGGAGCCUUUCUGCAGACACUGUUGGCCUGCCACCAGUCAUCGGAUGCACACUGUUCCUCAGAGCGAGAGAGCCCGAGGUGCAGCAGGGAGGAGGGCAAGUCCUGGAGGGAAGCGGGGAGGCUGGCCCUGCUGGAGGGCCUCUCGGGAGAUCCACGGGCAGCACGAGCCACUAGAGCUGGUAAAUGGCCAAGUGGAGCCCUGCCCCUGUGUGGCUCCCAGGCUCAUCCUCUAGCCACUUUGCAACUUACCUUUUAGGCUUGGGUGGGAUGGUGGUGGCGGCUUAAAGCCGGGCUCUGCUAGCUGAAACCCCUGGAGCCUGUGGGAGCGAGGCUGUCAGCCGGCCAUGGUAGUUGGCCGCCAGCAGAUGACCCUGUGGUUCGAGGACUGCCCUGGGAGGGGCUGGUGCUGCAGGGUGGGCCUGGACCACAGCCCACUUUGAGUGAGGACAGCCCUUGUGGCUGGCUUUGGUCUGUCCCCUGUGGAUCUCAGAGCUGAGCUCUGGGUCCAGCGCAGCUGACCUAUGAGGCAAGGUAGACAGGACUGCCGGGUUUUAUUGUCCCCCUACAGAUGGGGAGACUGAGGCUCAGAGAGCAGGUGUUGUGGUGUCAAGAGCUGGGAGUCUCACACGUGAUGACAGCUGCCUUUUCCACAGAGAGGUGUCUGCUUUCCCCAAAUCCCAAGAGCCUGCAGCCUCAGCCUCACCAUCUACAUCCAGGGUCCCUCCUGUGGGCAGCAGCACAGCCCUGCCCCCUCCAGCCUACAGGCCGCGGGUCCCCUCCCCAGCCAGGCCGAGAAAGAACUGAAGCCUUGAUCAGGAUUGGGGCCCGAGCCCUAAGAUUCCCUGCUGCAGACCUCCGGGACAGUCCAGCAGUCAGCCCAAUCUAAAAACUUGCUGUGCGCCCUGCCUGACCUCGUGCUGGGAACUGGAGCUGGAGCUGGAGCCAGAGCUACAGAAGGAGCCCUGGUCUCUUCUCCAGGGGCUCCAGUUUGUUGGCAGAUGCUGACAGAGCAGUGGGUCUCCUCUGGGUCCAGGGAAGCUGUGAAGGCCGCCUUUCCCCUGCCUGAGCAGCUGCCCACAGUAGGUGGUACAGCAGGCAUCACCACAGAGGGGACAGUAUGCAGGCGUGACUACCCAACAAACACCCAGUUCCUCCGUGAGUAACUGAGCACCUGCUGGGUGAUUCUGGGGACAAGGAACACUCAAAUGUCCCCAGCUUGGAGGAACACCUGGCCUUGGGGUUGCUGGGGGGCACUGGGUAUUCUCAUCCUACAAGCAGAGGUGGGGGAGCCGGUGAGGCUAGAGGCAGGAUCCCAUUCCAGCUCAGCACCCCACACCAUGGCUCCCGUGUGCCUGGAGAGCACUGGCGGUGGCAUGGGGCCCGCAUGGCAGAGGCCGUGUGCUCAGGGAGCCAAACCCUUCAGAGCUAUGUGAAUGUGGGUCAGGCCGAGUGCCACCUGCCUGGUCAUUCAGAGGUCUAUGCGGAGGAAGAGCCCAGAAGUCUUGUUCAAGAGAAGGGAAGGGCGAGAUGCGAGCUUCCAGGUCCUCCAGGCUCUUCCUGUCACCCCCUUCUGGACUACCCCCUCAGGGAGGGCUACCAGGGGCCCUAACCACCAGCACUGCUGUUAGUGACGGAUGCAAGGUGCUGUUCUAAACUGCUCACAAACACCAGCUCAUCCUCACAAUGCCCUGGGAGGAAGCUUUACAAAUGAGGAAACAGGACACAGGUAGGAACUAACUUGUCCAUGGCCACAGGUGGUAGUAGUGGCCAGAACAGUGUCUGAAAGGGUCAGACCUUAUAAAGGUGUACCGAGCCCACAUCUGGCCUGGAGCAAGGUCCUGGGAGCACAAGGGAAGCAGAAAGUUCUACUUUCUCAGUGUCCAAACCCACACACCCCACUGCUUACUUCACCCCAGCUCUGCAUGUGUGGAUAGAGGCUAGGACCGGGGCUCCCCACGUCUGCCCAGCGCCACCCAGCUGCCUUCCAGAAUGCCAAAGGCUACUCUGAAAGUCCUCCAAGAGCUCCCCCUUGCCUUGGAGGUGAAAAUAAGACCAAACUGAAAACAGGAAAGUCAAUGUCCCUGGUUGGGGGGGGGGGUGGGGAAAGUCACCAGCCUCUGCCUUGGGAAGCGUCCACCUGAGUGGGAAAGGCACUGUGGCUCAGCCUUGGGGACCCCAGUGGCCUGCACGGACUCUGGAACAAGGCAGCCCACACCUGUUCUAAGCCCUGAAAAACAGCCUCUGGCACACUGGUGUGUGUCUGAGACUCAAAGCUGAAGCUGGAUUUUAGAGUGCCCCCACAUAUCUGAAGGGUGAAUGCGGUCUUCCCUCCCGAUCCUCCUUCCCCAAAGGCCACUGCAACCCCACACGGCAACUGCAGAUUAACAUGCCCAGGAAGAGCAUAAACACCUUGAACACAAAACAAGGUCUUGUUACACACCAGGCACAAAAACCGCAGGCAACCGGCCACCUUGCGUUCUGUAGUCAGAAUGAUAAACUCCGACCCACAUCCCCCCCCUCCCCAAACAUGUCAGGAAGGGCUGCGGAAAAAAGAUGUCCCUUUAAUAAAACGUUAUCAACAUAUAUCGUACACAAACUACAAUGUAUCAUAAUUACUUUUUUUUUCCUCUCAAUUCAGAACCAGACUACAAGGUAAGAAAAAACACAGAAACAGCUACAAUGUUCCCAAUAAUCCGCACAAGGUCUUUUUUCAGGCAGAUGGUAUCUCACAUAGUAUGAUAUACAUGGAUCAGGGAGGGAGGGGGGAGAACAGACAGCAGCUACAGGGGCGUGGGGAGGAGGGGCUGUAAAUGUACAAAGAAUUCAGGUGUCUUUAGGGCGAGACACGGGAGGUUUUCGAUGGGAGCGGUGAGGUGAGGGAGGCCGUGUGUCACCCCUCCUGGGAGGGGACAGGCUCCACUGUCGCAUUUGUCGGUUUUUGAAAAUAAAAACAGGACCGGAAA